GUUCCAAUAAUCUGGAUUCAAAUCGCACUUUAGCCAAGCGAUUUUAGGUCUGACCUAGUAAAAUCGCAUGGCCGAGGUGCGAUUUUAGGUCUGACCUACUGAAAUCGCAUAGCCAAGGAGCGAUUUUAAGUCUGACCUAGUAAAAUCGCAUGGCCGAGUUGCGUUUUGUGUCUGCCAGACAAAAUCGCACCAUGAGGAUGCGAUUUUAACAUGCAAACCGCACCUUAAAGGUGCGGUUUUGGUCAAUCAAUUUCCGACAUACCAUGCAGACGUUACAGACGUGGGUCUGCAUGGGCCUGCAUGGCAGACGAAAAUCGCAUCUCUAAGGUGCGGUUUUCAUCAGUGAUUUUGCCUAUAAAAGGCCUCCCGGACAACCAUUUCUCUUCACACCUCUCCUUAUCCCUUCCCUUUUCAAUUUUCUGUUGUAGCUCUAUAUUUCUUUAGUAGUUUUGCGAUUAACGUUAACUCGUAAGUUGAUUUAGUAUUACAUAUUUCUUUAGUAGUUUUGCGAUUAAUGUUAACUCGUAAGUUGAUUUAGUAUUACAUAUUUCUUUAGUAGUUUUGCGAUUAACGUUAACUCGUAAGUUGAUUUAGUAUUACAUAUUUAUUUAGUAGUUUUGCGAUUAACGUUAACUCGUAAGUUGAUUUAGUAUUACUUUUUAUUGUUAAUUUUUAUUUUUAUGAUAUUAACUUAGCUACAGUUUUAUCGCAGAUGGCAUUCCAAAAGUUCACGCUUGGCUUACGGUGGAAUGGUUACACGGAAGAGAACGGAAAGGGUGCCACCUUUGUAGGUGGCAAUUUUCAGAAGAUAAAGGUCACUACCAGACCGCUGCUUGAAGACCUCCAUCAAAUGUGCACUAACGUUACUUGCAUGGAUGGCACGAGAAAAGUUGAUCGUAUGGUGUACCGAUAUCCAAACAGAGAAAGUGGGUCGUUGUGGCAUGAGGAAUAUCUCAUAACCACUCAGGAUGAGGUAGACGCCAUGCUCGAAUUCAUGAGGUUCAACAAUUUUUCCAAAGCCGAGAUGUUCGUUUACACCGAGCCGGUCGUAGGCGUUGGAGGUCAUUCUGGACACGGUCAAACAUCUGGUAUCCAUGGUGGAGGUGAUACAUAUGGCGAUCAUCCCUACCAAAGUUACCAUGAUCCUCAUUCAUAUUUUCAGUACCAAGAGCAAGGUGAAGGUCAUCAUCAAUCAUAUGAAGAAGAAGUUCAACCGGACCGGCCCAACCAACCUCAGUACAACUUCCUCUCAGGCAGCGGUAGUUUUCACAACUACCAUUAUGGAGCUGAUGAAGGUGCCUUUCAUGAGCUGGAUCAGAUGGAGGAUGUCAUGCCAGCACCAGUCAGUGACCCCUCCGAUGAAGAAGGAGAGAACAACGUCAGUGCAGACAGCUCCGACCCUCUUGAAGGUGCCGAUGAUUCCGGACCAGAGUCAGACUCAGCUAAUGAUGAUGAGGGGGCUCGUGACCGUGUACCAGUCCCCUACUACAAUCACAUUCCAGACGACAAUUGGAUGGUCGACAGCGACAUGGAGCCGCCAGAGGUCCCAAUAUGGGGUCCACUCACUGGGUUUAUGAAGGGCCAACAAUUUGGCUCGAAGAAGGAUGUGUGUCACGCCAUUGAGACAGAAGCAAUGACUCGGCAUUUUGAAUGGCUCACAACUCAUUCCAACACUAAAAGGCUCUUAGUCAGAUGCCGUAAUCAUCACGAGGGGUGCAAUGGUAGGAUUCGGACCAUCAACAGCAAGAGACACGGUUGCUGGGUCAUAUCCCGUGCGGUGAACACACACACAUGUGUGUCAUCCAUAACUUCCCAAGGCCAUCGACAGUUGAAAUCCAGGGUGGUUGUUGCGGCUAUCAAGCAUCUAAUUGAGCAAGAGCCAGACCUAAAGGUGAAAGUCAUGAUCGCUGACAUUGCAAGUCGUUAUGGUUAUAUGAUUAACUAUAAGAAGGCGUGGCAUGGAAAGCAGAAAGCUCUGGCCGCCGUCUUUGGUGAUUGGGAAGAAUCAUAUGCAUUCCUUCCCAGGUUAAUUUUGGCAUUGGAGGCGUCUAACCCUGGCACGGUUUUCUCCCCUCGAUACCAAGAUAAAGAGAUACAACCCCCAGAGCCAGGUAACAAGCGCCAUUUCAGACGACUUUUCUGGGCAUUCAAGCCAUGUAUUGAUGGUUUUGGCUUCUGUGUCCCUGUCAUCCAAGUGGAUGGAACAUUCCUUACCGGCAAGUACAAGGGCACUCUCCUGAUUGCCAGUGGGGCGGAUGCAAACAGACAAGUCUUUCCUUUAGCCUUCGCCAUCGUUGAGGGAGAGAAUGCUGAUAGCUAUGGAUGGUUUUUCCGGCAAAUUCAGCUCCAUUGUACUAGGAGGACGAACCUGACAAUAAUCUCUGAUCGGCAGCACCCUCCGGAGUCAAGUAACGGACCGAUGUUUGCUGAUAUCGAUCCAAGUAUGGGUCAUGAUACCCCAUUCGACCCACUGCUGAUGGAGUGACAAUAUCUUGCAUUUGUUGGUUCGCCCACAAGGUGAUGAAUUUCUCCAGCUUCAAAGGCCAAUCUCGAGUACCUUGCCGCCCAUCUGGACCAUGGAAGGCCCUUUGACUUUCGGGGACCUCCAACGGAAUGCAUUGCUCCCGACCAAACUGACGGAGGCAUCGAUCCGGCAAGUGCCACUCCACGGUCCCAAAACAAAUGAGAGGGACCCUCGUGCACCAUUGGCCGAUAUGCUCGGGGAAUUGCUGGAGAUGCCACUAAACGAUGUUCUCCGGGUAUAGAUCGAAGAUGAUCUACACGCGCAAAAUGAGUAAAUUAAGAUAGUAAGAAUUG